AGUGUUGAAAUGCUUCUUGUGCUUACAUGCAAUAUUACACAUUUGCUUACUGGAUCUACGUUUAUAAUCACAGCAGAAGCUUGAGGAGAAGAAGGAUCUAUUAGCCAACAGUUUUCUGUAGCCUCUCGGUAUCUGCUAAUAUGAAGGAGAUAGUUCUGGGAACGGUUUUUCUGCUCAUUCUAUGGUUUCUUCUGAAUAGGAGGAGGAGGAGAUCUGGUGAGCCCCCACUGGAAAAUGGAUGGAUUCCUUUUCUUGGUUUGGCUUUCGAAUACAAAAAAGAUCCUUUAAAAUUCCUUUAUUCUAAACAACAGAAAUAUGGAAAUACUUUUACUGUCCAUGUUGCUGGCAGAUAUAUUACUUUUAUCAUGGACCCUUCCCAGUUCCAGAAUGUCAUUAGACAUGGCAAGCAACUUGACUUUCAUGAGUUUGCUGAUGAAAUGGCAUCCAGAACAUUUGACUACCCACGCCUGACAGAAGCAAAGUUCCCUCAGCUAAAUGAUAAUCUGCACAGAAUAUACAAAAUCCUGCAGGGUAGGGCAUUGGACAAACUCACUGACAGCAUGAUGGGAAACCUCCAACAUGUAUUCAAAUUGAAAUUCUUACAAGCAACAGAUUGGAAAAUAGAAAAAAUGUACCAGUUCUGCUGCUGUAUUAUGUUUGAAGCCAGUUUUAUGACACUCUAUGGAAGAGAUCCUGUUGCAGAUGGUCGCAAAGUUAUUAGCGAAAUCAGAGAAAAAUUUACAAAGUUUGAUGCCAAGUUCCCCUAUCUUGUCAUAAAUAUACCAAUUGCGUUGCUAGGAGCUACUAAGAAGAUUCGGGAAGAACUGAUACAUAUUUUUUUCCGUAAUAAAAUGGAAAAGAGAUUGGAAGUGUCAGAAGUUGUCCAAACCAGAAACAAUGUGCUUGAACAGUAUGAACUCCAGGACUACGAUAGGGCAGCACAUCAUUUUGCCUUCCUUUGGGCCUCUGUGGGGAACACAAUUCCGGCUACAUUCUGGGCCAUGUAUUAUCUUGUAAGGCACCCAGAAGCACUUGCAGCAGUGCGUGACGAAAUUGACCAUUUGCUACAGUCAACAGGUCAAAAGAAGGGGCCUGAAUAUGACAUCCAUAUCACUAGAGAACAGUUGGACAGCCUGGUCUACCUAGGAAGUGCUAUAAAUGAGACUUUUCGAUUGUGCUCUGCUUCCAUGAACAUUCGUGUAGUCCAAGAGGAUUUUCUUCUGGAGCUCGAGGGUAAUCAGGCAGUCAGUCUAAGGAAAGGAGAUUUUGUAGCCCUCUAUCCUCCGACUUUGCACAAGGACCCUGAGGUCUAUGAGGAUCCAGAGGAGUUCAAGUUUGAUCGUUUUGUAGAAGAUGGAAAAGAGAAAAAUACUUUCUACAAAAAUGGCAAAAAGCUCAAGUAUUUUCUAAUGCCUUUUGGCUCUGGAGUCAGCAAAUGUCCUGGUCGUUUCUUUGCAGUUAAUGAAAUAAAACAGUUUCUUGCUGUAUUAGUAAUGCAUGUAGAUAUGGAAGUAGUUGAAACAAAACCCAUCAGCUAUGAUAAUAGUCGUGCAGGGCUUGGAAUUCUUUUGCCUAGCUCUGAUAUUGAGUUUCGGUUUAAACCAAGAAACAAAUAAAAGUGUAGCAUCAACUGGUUCCAUUAAGAAUGUUCUUGAUAGACCACAGUAAAUAGAUCUUUAACAAGUCUUCCAAUCGAGUUACUGGAAAACUGAAAAUGAGUUUGUCUGAUGAGGGCAGUGACAUCUUACUCAUUUAUCUUAGAAAAAAUAGGAACAAAUAUUUCAACAUUUUCAGAUAUAAUUACUUUGAGUGCAAAAAUAAAAUGAAAGGUAUUUUAGCAUGAUCUUUUCAUAAAGUGAAUGUGGCUUUGAUGCGAUAAAUGCAAUCUAAAAUAUGUGAGUCUAAUCAAAUCCAUCAAAAAGAGCUAUGCAAAAUACUUAAAGGGACAGUCUUUUAUUGUUCAAAAAGAUAGAAUAUCCCUUUAUUACCCAUUCCCCAGUUUUUCAUAACCAACCUGGUUAAAUUAAUAUAAUUUUUACACCUGUAUCUCAGCCUCUGCUAUUUCAGUUCCUUUGACAGACUUGCAAUUUAACCAAUCCAUGGGAGUGAACACAAUGUUUUCUAUAUGGUACACAUAAACUAGCACUGUCUAUCUGUGAAAAACUGUCAAAAUGCACUGAGAUAAGAAGGCUUAGAAAUUGGCAUAUGAGCCUACAUAGGUUUAACUUUCAACAAUGAAUACCAAAAGAACAAAGCAAAUGGAAAGUUUUUUUUAAAAUUCCAUGCCCUAUCUGAAUCAUGAAAGUUUAAUUUGACUAGACUGUCCCUUUAACACAGCUUUUUAAGGGGUUUCUAAAUUUGAGGUCAUUCAAAUCCAUUGGAAAUCUAUCAGAACAACCAGCCAUUGUAUAUUUUUGCGUGUCCCCCAAUUAUUGUGAAAAUCCCUUGAAAAACCUAUUUCUUAUUGGCUUUUGUCCAUUUACCAAAUUCUAGCACAACAUACUCUAAUGGAUUAAAAAGUUGGAGUUUAGAGUUGCGCCCUAAAAAUAAUCUUAAGGCCGAAGGUUAGAAUUUUGUUUAAUUUAAAAGUUAAAAAUCAUAUAAGAAACCUCACUUGAGGUAUAUGGAGAAAAAAAACUAUUCAAAAAAAAUAUAUUAAAAAAUAUAUAUAUAUAUAUAUAUAUGAAAAUUCACAAUGCAACCUAGCAGUUAAUCCAUUAAAUGAGUAUUAAUUGAAUUUUAAAAAGAUAUUUAAUACAAUGAAUUUUUAAUAGAACAUACAAAACAAAACAUAUGAGACAAUAUACUUUUUAACGAACAGUUGUAGCCACAACUUCAAUAGGAUAUUUUUAACCUGUAAUAUUCUCAACAAAUAAUGUGGAAUAGACAGCAAGUUUUUUUUUAAAAACUUCUUUGCCUAUAUGUUUCAGGUUCAUAAAAGGUUCAAUAUUAAUUUUUAAAAUACGUUAAAAAUUCCAAAAUAUCCGUAAAAAGUCUCAUUAAUAAAGUGCAAUGGCGCUGAGUCAGUAAAGAAA